CAUUUCGCGCUCUGGAUGAAGGGCUUUGAACACACGGACAUCAGUAUUGACAACCUGCUCUAUAACCCCAUCACUCGAAAAGGUGUUUUGAAUGUUUUCGAUUUGGCUACGAUCCGCGUGGAUGGUAAGAACCAGGCGACAGGGCAGAAACGGACUGGCACCAUCCCCUUCAUGGCGAUGGAUCUCCUCUCAAGCGAGUAUUUCCGUGGAGAGGUCGUGCGCCUGUACCGCCACGAU